AUGGAUAACGAACCUGCAGAGCCUCAACAAGCACGACUAGAACGUCGUGAGUUGAGAGAAACUAACCUCGCUGCUUGGCGGAAUGACAAACCAGAUUCCGCAGCAUCAAAAAAUUUCGAUUCGAAUAUAAAGAAGAACAUAGGGUUCAUUAAAAAAGUCAAAACGCAAUUGUCAGCUGAAUAUCAGCAGCAGCUACUGAAGGACAUCAGGACAUUGACUUUGGCAAAAUAUAUAUCCGAAGUGGUUGGUGCUGUGAUUGACGGUGUGCAGAAGAAUAAAUCCGCAAGCGAUGUUUGGGCUGCCGUUGAACGCUUUCCGGAUACUUUUACUCCUUACCUAAGUCACACACUCUUCCGCUCCUUAUCCCCGCCGAGCCUCAAACAGCUUUCUGCUCUCACGCCUGAACAACGCGAAAAGGAAGAAUCUGUCCGUAUUGCCAAACAACGCGUCUUGCUCCGUAUUGCCGGUGAAUUAUGGCUGUUGGGCGUGUUACGAAAUGUAGAAGACGGUAUUGCCCUUGGCAAUGCUAAUAAUGUGGUCGUUGGAUCUGCGAGCGUGAAUGGGGUCAAAGAUAAUGUCACUGGGUUUGCUGGUGGGAAUGCUGUUAAAGAGCCGAGAAGCGGGGAGAGUAAGGACAGCAAGAAGGAAGGGGAAGGAUUCGUAUAUGGCGUUUUGAAAGAGAUGUUUGCACACGAUACCAAGCACUUGAACCUCCCAUUAGCAGUUUUUUUUGUCAAAAAUUUCGGUUCAGAAAUGCUUGGUACUGUAUCCAGGAAACAAAAACUUGGCUCCAGCGAAGAAUCUGCAACUUCACCCACUAAUGGCGGAAGUGAAGUUGUUGCGGAUGCAGAAGAUGAAGCACAAAAAAUAUUUGAAGGAUUUGUUACUAAAGAACAGCAAGCAAUGUUUAGAAAUUUAUUGACAGAAUACUUUAAGGGCGUUGAAAAGCAUCUGGUUAGAGACCACGAGAAAAUUAAACAAUUGGAAAUUCGAAAUCACGACUUUUACAUAAGUCGGGGAGAGAUACCCGAGGAAACCAAGCAAACAUACGAAAAGGUCUGCGAUACGUUCGAAAAAUUCAAACGUAAUGCUCAAAUAUUAGCAGAUUCUUUGGAUCUCGAAAUGCCAGAUUUACCAGAAGAUGAGGGGACUACAAAAUUGGGAGGGUCUGUUGUGAAGGAGGGGAGUUCCUCCAAAGAUAAGGAAGAUAGCUUUUCUAGCAGUAUUUGGGAAGACGAAGACGCAAAAAGCUUUUACGAAAAUCUAGUUGAUCUUCGAACUAAAGUUCCAGGCCUUCUUCUAGACGGAAAUACGAGCAUAAAAUCUGACGCUGAUGAAACGAAAUCUGACACAUCACCGGGGAUCGACAAAGACGACAAAGCGGAUGAUGUAAAAGAUGAGUCUACAGAUGAUAUUACUCUCACCGAUUCCAAAACAAAGUCCAUCCAGGACGCGAUGACCGAGAUGAUGGAUCGGAUAGUUGUUGCGAAUGAUGAAAAUGAAGACGCAUCCGAGAAGCACUCCGCAGAUGAUGAUUUUAAAGAUGAUCAAGAAGAUACCACCAUUGGGACUGACGAGUCGAAUUUAAAGAAAGAUCCAGAAGCAGCCGGGAAGAGUGCUACGUCGGCAAAGUUGGGUUCCCUGUUGUCUCGUCUGCCAAAUAUGGUUAAUAGAGAUCUUAUCGAUCAGGCGGCGGCAGAUUUUUGUUUCUUGAAUACCAAGGCUGCCAGAAAGAAGUUGAUUAAGACAUUGGCUGGCGUUCCUCGUAAUCGUCUUGACCUUUUGCCUUACUAUGCCCGAUUGAUUGCGACACUAAACCCGCAUUUCCCUGAUGUCGGGAGCUCCGUUCUACAAGCGCUUGAAAACGAAUUUAAGCAUCUUCAAAAGAAGAAAAGUCAAGAUCUUCUGGAAACCAAAAUUAAAAAUAUCAGGUACCUUGCAGAGCUGACAAAAUUCCGCAUUACCCCUCAACAUGUCAUCUUCCAUUGUCUCAAAGUUGUCCUAGACGAUUUUUCAAAUCAAAAUAUUGAUAUCGCCUGUAAUCUAUUGGAGACAUGUGGAAGAUUUUUGUACAAAAGCCCGGAAACUAAUGUCAGAAUGAGUAAUAUGCUGGACAUAAUGAUGCGUAAGAAGAAUGUGCAACACAUGGAUAAUAGACACAUUCUGAUGGUGGAAAACGCCUACUAUCAGUGCAAUCCUCCGGAUCGAGCAGCAGUUGUUAAGAAAGAUCGUUCUAUCAUGGAGCAGUACAUUCGUAAACUUGUAUACACUGAUCUUAACAAAAAGACUGUAGAGAAGGUUUUGAAACUUUUACGCAAGCUUCAUUGGGACGAUAAAGAGGUCUAUCGAAUAAUUGAGAAAUGCUUUUCCAAGAUCUGGAAGAUCAAAUACAGUAAUAUUCACUUAAUGGCAAUUCUCGCGGCUGGACUACAUAGGUAUCAUUCUGAUUUUGGUGUUGCACUAGUUGAUCAUAUAUUGGAGGAUAUUAGAAUUGGACUUGAGCAAAAUAUAUUCAAGUAUAACCAACGUCGGAUUGCUCAGGUGAAAUAUCUUGGCGAACUGUAUAAUUAUCGUAUGAUAGAUUCACCUGUAAUUUUCGAUACGCUUUAUACUAUUGUUACCCUUGGACACGAGUUUGGUAGGCCAUCUCCGUACAGACCAAGUGCUUUAGAUGCCCCAAACGACUAUUUUCGCGUUCGUCUGUGCUGCACUCUACUCGAUACCUGUGGGAUGUGCUUUGACCGAGGAACGUCAAAGGAACGUCUUGAUGACUUUCUUAUGUUCUUUCAGAUGUAUAUCUUAGCUAAGGAAAAAUUGCCCAAGGAUAUUGACUUUAUGUUUACUGAUACCCUAGAGAUGUUACGUCCCAAUAUGACAAUGUGCAAAACUUAUGAAGAAGCAGCUGAACAGGUUGAUAUUAAGCUCCUACAAAACCAAAAAGUAUUGCAAUCUACUGAAGACGCGACCAAGAGUCAAGAGGAUAAUGCUGAAGAUAGCGAGGCUUCCUCAGAAUCGGAAGAGGAUGAUGAUGAAGACGUUCAGGAGGAUGAACUGGAGAGGGACGUAAUAGAAGAUGAGGGUUCAGACACAGAGUCCGUAAGUGAAGUAACAGCGGAGGGGGAAGAAGAAGAAGAAGUUGUUGUACAUACCAAUCGUCCUAACCAAUCAGUCUCGGACGAGGAAGAGUUUGAAAGAGAAUUUAGUAAAAUGAUGACGGAAAGUAUAGAAUCGCGCAAAUACGAGCGUAAACCCGCAAUGUUGGAUGUGGCUAUUCCGAUGCAUUUAAAGCGUGGCAACGAUAAGACGCUUGAUACAGAUAGCAGCGUUGCAUUUACUUUGCUCACUAAAAAGGGUAACAAACAGCAGCUCAAAACAAUGGAAGUUCCCGCUAAUAGUGCUCUGGCAGUAAACACUCGUACUAAACAAGAAGCCGAACGAGUAGAACAACUACAGCUUAAGCAAAUAGUGCUGAACUACGAAGAACGUGAGGAGAAAAACCAACGUGAAGAGCUUGAGCAAUCUCUUACGAGUAGCGGGUUCAAAGUUAGUUUCCAAUCUGGUGGACGUCGACCCAGUCAGAAAGGUCGACGACAGG